UCUGUGUGAAGUCCAGUCAAAUGAGCUCUUAAGGUGAUCUUAUUUGAAAUCGCUAGUGAAAAAAGUGUGGUUACAACGUGGUAUUGUGUCCUAAAAGCUAAAGCUAAGCAAGAAAAAUGGAUAUUCAAGCAAUAAAUAUUGAAGAAAUUGAAGACAUCGAAGAUGUUAGAGUGAUACGAAUUCCGAAACGAUAUAUCCGUGAUGCAAAUAACCCAUUCGAAUUUUACGAAGAAUCAGAAUUUAAAAGACGCUUUAGAUUCUCUAAAGAAUCGAUUUUAUAUGGAAUAUUACCUAAAAUAGAACAGUAUUUGACGAAGAUCAAUAAUCGUGGUUUACCUGUUUCUCCUGCUAUACAAUUGUUAGUUUGUCUACGGUUUUACGCAAGUUCAAGUUUUCAGAUGGUUAUUGGAGAUACAGUAGCAUUAUCACAACCAACAAUAUCUAGAAUUGUAUUUCGUGUAUCUGCUCUACUUGCUAGUUUGAUAAAAGAAAGUAUAAAAAUGCCUACUAGUCAAGAAAGAAAAAAUGAAAAUUAUCAACUAUUUCGAAUUCUUGGAUAUGGUAACGGAGCAAUUGGUUUACCUGGGAUUGAUGGUGCAAUUGACUGCACACAUAUACGCUUAACACAUACACGAUUUCAUCGUAUUGAUGAAGUAUAUCGAAAUAGAAAAGGGUACUUUUCAUUAAAUGUACAGACCGUAGUUGGACCACGAAUGGAAUUUUUGGAUGUUGUACCAGAAUAUCCUGGCAGUCAGCAUGAUAGCAGGAUUUUCCAAAAUUCAAGAAUAUAUAUGCAGUAUAUGCAGGGAAGAUUAAAUGGAAAACUAGUUGGUGAUUCUGGUUAUCCGACUUUACCAUUUCUUUUAACACCAAUAGGAAAUCCUCAGACAGACGAAGAAAUAAUGUACAAUACUAUUCACGGAAGAACGAGACAAAUUGUAGAAAGAACAUAUGGCAUAUGGAAACGACGAUUUCCUUGUCUAUCAAGAGGACUUGGCACAAAAUUGUUAUGCUCUACAACUAUCGUAAUAGCAUGUUCAGUGCUACACAAUCUUGCUCUUAUAUUCCGUGAUGAGCUUCCUGAGGAUGAAGAAAAUGACCCACAUGAUGAAUAUGAAGAAGUUCCGGUAGAUCCACCACAUUGGCAGCCAGGAGAAGGGUUUGCAGCAAGACAAGCUCUCAUUGAACGUUUAUUUCGAUAAAUUUAAAAAAACAUUAAUUAUGCUGUAUACAUUAUUAA